GCGGGAACGCGGGGGGGGCGCGAGCGCUUCUCCCCAACCGCCGCGAGGAGUGUGCCCGGCGCGCGCCGCCCGCCUCCCCUCCGUCCCGCCGCAGUGGGAGCGACCGGGCGGUGCCGCGGAGGAGCCGGCUGCUGCCUCGCGACGAUGAUCAUCCCGGUCAGGUGCUUCACGUGCGGCAAGAUCGUUGGAAACAAGUGGGAAGCUUAUCUCGGCCUUCUGCAGGCAGAAUACACGGAAGGAGAUGCCCUGGAUGCCCUUGGUUUGAAGAGAUACUGCUGCCGCAGAAUGCUCCUAGCCCAUGUGGAUCUGAUUGAGAAGCUUUUGAAUUAUGCACCUCUGGAGAAAUGAGUUUACUGCCCCAGCCGCUACCUUCUUUCAAGGAAACAAACGAAGGAUGGAGUCCGCUUAAGAAUUAGAGAUUAAAAAUGGAGAUGUUUCUUUUUAAUUCAGUGCUUGGAGGUUGUUUUUGGUUUCUUUUUGUGAACUUUUAGAUGCUUCUGCCAGCAAAAAUAAAUGUGUGUUUUAUGAAAUAUAA